AACCAGCCAAACUUGUUUGACCUGUUUGACCACGUUCGUUAGAGUUCACCUGGUUGUGAAAGCCGAAGUGCUCUGUUCGGCUUUCACUACCACUAUGCGGUUCACGUUGGGAUUGGCCACAGACUUUUAUUUAGGAUAGGCAUAUUAUUAUUUUCGGGGGAUUUAACAUUCAUGUGUGCGUUCAAAAUGUAUGUCGUCGUACUUUUGUUCCUUUUCGCGAAACUUUCGACGGUGGACAGCGACAUCUACUCCCUGAAUUACAUCUACACUUCACUCUCAAAGCCACUAGAAUUGCCUGGAAUCCAUGAGUUCACUGCCAUGGGUCUGAUGAACAACCAACAGAUCGAUUACUAUGACAGUGUGGCAAAGAAGAAGAUUCCCAAACAGGCCUGGAUGAGCGAGAAGCUGCCAGCAGACUACUGGGAUAAAGGCACUCAGUCACGCAAGAGCAAGGAGCAGUGGUUCAAAGUCAACGUCAACAUCCUGAUGGAUCGCAUGAAGCACAACAACACUGAUGUGCAUAUACUUCAGUGGAAACAUGGCUGUGAGAUUGACCAACAGAGUGACGGCACAUUGAAAUUCAUAAAGGGCACAGACCAGUACAGCUACGAUGGUGACGACUUCCUGGCCUUUGAUGAUGCCACUAUGCAGUGGGUGGCCCCAGUUGUUCAAGCUCAGCCGACUAAGAGGAAGUGGGACGGGGUGCAGAUCCUCAACCAGUACACCAAGGGCUACCUGGAGAAGGAGUGUGUGGACUGGCUUUCCAAAUUCAUGAAAUAUGAGGACAAAGAAUUCAGUAGGGCUGAUUCCCCUCCAAAGGUCUAUGCAUUUGCUAAAAAGGCCAAAACUGCAGGACAUGUCCGACUGACCUGCAUGGCCACAGGUUUCUAUCCCAAAGAUGUGAUUAUGCAAAUUAAGAAGAAUGGUGUUCCAUUGACCGAACGUGAUGGAGUGCAGUCUACAGGAGUCCUACCCAAUGAUGAUAACACCUACCAGAUCAGGAUGAGUGUGCAGAUCCCAGAGGCAGAUAAGAAAACUUAUGAAUGUUAUGUCAACCAUAGAGCAUUGAAGGAGCCAAUUGUGGUAAAAUGGGAUGGAAUAUGUUGUGAUUGCAGUAGUUUCGGUGCUGUAGUCAUUGGGGCAGUCAUCCCCAUUAUUGUAGUUCUGAUCUUGGUUUCGGUGGUCCUGCUUGUUCUGCACAAAAGAGGGACAAUUGUGAUUCCUGGCUUGAAAACUACAGCUACUGGCAAUGGAGUGGCAUUUUCUGGAGUGAACACUUUUUAGAGUAUGGUGGAUAGAUGACCAUUGGUGGCCAAACUGCCGGACCACGGAGGAACGUUAAUUCAUUUCAUAAUUUUAUUGGAUGGCUAUUGAUAACACUGUUCAGUUGCACUGCACAGUUUCAAUCUUAUAAACUAGUGAUGGAAAUUAUAGUUACUUUGAUUCAAUGUGCUAAAAACUGCUGCAUUUAAUGGUUUUUGCUGUUCUUAAGUAAGUACUUGCUUCCAAAUAGUCUCAUAAGUGGGGUGGUUAGGCACCGUUUGGGUUGUCGUACAUUUCAUUGUUUUACUGUUACAGUGGAUAUUACUGUAUGGUGAGGCAUCUUUAAGGUAAUUGUAUCAUUCUUCAGGGAUUAUAACUAGAUUUGUACUAGAUCAGACUUGACAUGCUCAUAUUUUAAGUAACAUUUCAAAAGAGUUAUAGACAAACAUUGCAAAUACUCUAAAUAUGAACAAUGCUCUACAAUAUACAACACAAUUUUUACAUAUUUGCAGGAUAUUAAAACAAGAUAUACAAUAUGGUAAAAACACUCAUGAAACACACAAACGUGUUAUAGAGAAAAUGUGCUUAUUUGUUAAUCAAAAUAUUACUUGAAAUAUCAUUUGUUAUGAUUUUUAUUUCAACCUAGGGCCCAUUUCAUAACCGUUCACUGGGUUACCAGGCUAAGACAAAGCUACACUCUUGAAUUAAUAUGCAGUGAAGUUUCUUUUAAUAUCACAUUUUAAACAUUGAUUUAUGGAGAACACAAAUAAUUCUAACAUGCAGCCUUGAAGGUCAAGACAAAAAUAUUUUCCCUUUUAUGCCAGAAACCUUAUCAGUGUUUUUUUAAAUGAAUAGAGUCUCUAGUGAUAUGCAUCCUACUGUGGACUAAAUGCAUUCACCAAAUGAUUUAAUACAUUUUGCGUAGCAUUGCUGUUACUAUUUACUAAACCACUAUUUUACAAGGCUUGCUGCAUACAUACAUGCCCACGGACGUACACACACGCACACAAUGUAUGUAACCUGUACUGCUUUUCAAACAUCCUGUAUGAUUUGUUAUUCUGAAAAAAAAUAAAAAAAAAACACUUUUUUUGCACAUUCUAUAAUUCAAAAUAGGGUCUAUCAUGUAUUCAACAGUACAUGCCCAUAUUUAGUUUAAAAGUUCCAAAAGUAUAGCCUGUUCCACGUGAAUUUAUCUACAGGAGGAUAGUAUUGGCUAAUGAUAACAGAAUUGUAAGCAACAGCGCAUUUGCACAGAAUUCUGAAUAUGAAUGGUGUGCAAAGACAAGGUUUGACUAUUGCUUAUGAAGUACAGUUGCAUCAGAGAAGAGACUUUGGACUUUGUAUAACACCUGUUCAACUUAAUGAUCAGGAUCAACAUUGGACUUUACUUGUUAGGGAAAGCGAAGAGCACAAAGGCGUAGCAUUGUGGGGCAGACCUGAAUUAGACACAGAAUAUUUGUAUAUUUUAGGGUCAUACAAUACAUGUGAGGGUUCAAAAUGUGUUUUGCUCUUGUUUGGGACACUUUCAACAGUGAACAGCAGUAAGAAGGAUUUUACUUCUACAAAAUGUAUCAUAAGUGAAAAUGAAAGUUCUUGGCAGAGCCAUAUAUAUAUAUAUAUAUAUAUAUCACACACAGUGGGGAGAACAAGUAUUUGAUAACCUGCAAUAUCGGCAGUGUUUCCUACUUACAGAGCAUGUAGAGGUCUAAUUUUUAUCAUAGGUACAAUUCAACGUCAAUAAAUCAAGUCAGUAUUUAAUAUUUGUAUCAAAUACUUGUUCUCCCCACUGUGUGUGUGUGUGUGUAUGUAUAUAUACAGUGGGGAGAACAAGUAUUUGAUACUCUGCCAAUUUUGCAGGUUUUCCUACUUAAAGCAUGUAGAGGUCUGUCAUUUUUUUAAUCAUAGGUACACUUCAACUGUGAGAGACGGAAUCUAAAACAAAAAUCCAGAAAAACACGUAUGAUUUAAGUAAUUCAUAAAAAUUACAGUCCUCUACAUGCUUUGUAAGUAGGAAAACCUGCAAAAUCGGCAGAGUAUCAAAUACUUGUUCUCCCCACUGUGUGUGUGUGUGUGUGUGUGUGUGUGUGUGUGUGUGUGUGUAUAUAUAUAUAUAUAUAUAUAUAUAUCCUACAUUAUUUUUCAAAUGAAUAAUAAACUUAAUUUUGAAUUACUA